AAUAAGUGAUCGAUAGACUGUCGAUUCUGUAUCAUUGUUGCGCGUGCUGCUUGCCGAUGUGCAAAUAAUCGGACCACUGGAAACGAGACGUUCAAGUUUCAUUUCAUUGUUAUUAUAGGGUUAUCAACUUUUCCGGAACUGAAAAGCAAUUAACUUAGCCCAUUCCUUCAAGAAAAGUGAGUGUUGGUUUUAUGUAACGUUCGGAGAGACAUUGGUCCACGGAUCCACCAAGAGUUACCUAUUCAGUUGGUCCAAAGAUAUGCCAGGAAUCGUGGUCAAGUCGGAAUUCACUUGUUGAAUACGCUAGGGCUCUGAAUAAUGAAGCACUGAUAUGCUCAUUAAGUAAAUAUGUGAUAAAUCCAACUCGUUAAAGGCUGAUAUUACACUGUUAGUGAGAAGUUCUGUGCCGAGAGAAAAGUUCUUUUUCACCAUGUUGUUCCAACACGCAACAUCUUACCUGUGUUUCAUUGUGGGCACCUUCGGGAAUUGUGCAGCCCUGUACAUUUUGAACACGACGUCGAAAGCCAGAAAUCGCAAACAAGUGCUCAUGCUGAACUGCUUGGCAGUUAAUGAUCUGGUUGCCAUGGUCGGUAUGCUGACAAUGAUCCUUAUAAAUGAGCAUGCAGUGGUCGAAAAGGAAUACAUAUGCAAGGGAUUCGUGUUACUUAGGGCCUUCGGCGUCGGAUCAGGCUGUAUAGCUUUGAUAAUGGCCGUAGAAAGGUGGCUGGCGCUGACCAAACCUUUCCUCUAUCAACAGAUUGUAACUUACGAGCUGCUGUUCAGGUGCUUGGUUGGGUUCUGGAUUAUAUCAGCUACCUGGACAUUUCUGCCAUUAGUUGGUUUUGGGUCGUAUUACAAAGACGGCGUGUGUUCGAGAUACAGGGAUGCAACUACUCUACGUGACAAAAUAUACGCUUAUCUUUUCUUUGUUUUCGGUACAACUCUCUUGAUCUGCAUUUUCUUGUUGAACAUGGUACUCGUAUGGGCUCUAUCCAGGCUGAAAUCCUCCAGACGUGUUCUGAUAAGAAGAGUAAGCAAAUCCAUGUUGACAAAUAAUGGGACCACUUACUCACACAGAACACCCGAAGAGAUCGCCUUCUCCAAACUGAUGUCGAUCCUUUGUAUCACAUUCGUCGUUUGUUGGGCCCCUCAAAUGAUCUGCAUCCCGCUGGUCCAGUUCUACAGGAACGACUAUCGCAUACAGCGGCUGUCCCGAUUAGCGGAUUUUUUGAUGGCUAUUUACUUUACGUUAGACCCUUAUAUUUACGUUGUGUAUCGUUACUUCCAAAAAAGCAACGUCACUUUUUGUCCCUGCGGAAAAGGCCCAAAAACCCUAAUCACCUACGCUCCCUCUACUAAUGAGAUGUCAAGUGAUGCCCCAACGGUGGUUAUACAACAGCCUGUCCCGAGCAUACGAACUUGAAUAUAUAAGGAAUAAUUAUUAUAGAUUUCACUGUGAAGCGGUAUCCCAGAUUUGUUCGGUGUUUUCCCUAUCUUCAGUCGAAAUGGAAAUUUCCAAUUUUCCACAGUUUUCUUAUACAAUUUUUCACA